AAAUGGACACACAAAAACAGUCGCUUGUCACUACAGCAUGACAAGCCCAUCCCGUCACGUUUCCGACUCCCUAUGCGCUACUACUUGAACUCCAAUUUUGAUUUUGGUAAUCUUUCUCACGCCCACACUUUUUUUCUUAACAGCACCUCAAUUUUAUCUGCGAUUUGUUCUGAAUUGGGGGUUCAUUUCUCUCCUUCAUAAUAACCCAGUCAAAUUCACUUGUUCUUCGAUUAUGGCUUUAAAUAUGGAGUCUUUGGCUGAGGCAGCUUCUGGAGCCAUAGGAUCCUUGCUAAGCACCACUAUAUUGUAUCCUUUGGAUACUUGCAAGACCAAGUAUCAAGCUGAACUUCGAGCUCAUGGUCUGGCCAAAUACAGGAAUACUCUUGAUGUCUUGUUGGAGGCCAUUUCUUCUCGGCAAGUUCCUUCACUCUAUCAGGGUCUUGGGACAAAGAAUGUGCAGUCUUUUGUUUCGUCUUUUAUUUACUUCUAUGGAUAUGAUUUCUUCAAGAAACUAUACUUGAAGAAGAGUGGAUUUAAAUCCAUUGGAACAAGAGCUAACUUAAUAAUUGCUGUUGUAGCGGGGGCAUUUACAGUCAUAAUAACCCAGCCUCUAGAUACAGCAGCUUCAAGAAUGCAAACUAGUGAAUUUGGGAAAUCCAAGGGAUUCUGGAAAACCCUCUCGGAGGGCACUUGGAGUGAAGCAUUUGAUGGUCUAGGAAUAUCCAUCAUUCUCACUUCAAAUCCAGCAAUUCAGUACACGGCCUUUGAUCAAUUUAAACAAAGAAUGCUGAAGGGGAAGAUGAAAAGCAAUAGAGGGGUGGAAUCAAGGCCAGAAUCUCUUUCUGCUUUUUCUGCUUUUGUUCUGGGGGCAGUCUCAAAAUGUUUUGCCACCUGCAUCACUUACCCGUUAAUAAGGUGUAAAGUCAUGAUACAAGCUGCUGAAUCAGAAGGAGAUGCAGAGGAUGAAGCUGAGUUAAAAGCCCGGAAAACAAUUUUUGGAUCCCUUCAUGCCAUAUGGAAAAAGGAAGGGCUAAUGGGAUUCUUUAAAGGGUUACAGCCUCAGAUCCUGAAAACAGUUCUAAGCUCCGCACUGCUGUUGAUGAUAAAAGAGAAGAUCUCAAAAACCACAUGGGUUCUGCUUUUAGCCGUAAGGAGAUAUCUGUUCCUAACGACGACCAGACUAAAGAGCUCUUGAAAUUCUCUUAGAAGAGCUGCUGCAUGAUUCAAAUGUAACAAUGCAAUUAGUUCGUAGGUUCUUGUUCGAGACGUGGAACCACCUUGCACACAAAUAAAAUGUUUUAUCUGAUAGCGCAAUUCUCAUUCAGUUUGUCUGUUGAAAUGGUAUGUUUCAGAUUGUCUUUUUAUGUCUUCUUUCUGUAUACAACAAUCACGAUUUCUUGUUCGUCUUUUUUUCAAGUUCUACUCUACAUAUCACAAGGAAUGUAAAGAUUUGGUCAUA